AUGUCGGACUCUAACAAGUCUAAAGACAGCCAGCGACCAGCCAACAACACUGGCCCAAACCCCAAGCGCCGCCGCACUAUCGAUCGAUCUGGCGAGCGGAGCCCAGUUACCCAACGCGAUGGAGCUGAGGCAUCCAGCCCGACGGUUUCAACAGUUCCCCACAGACAACGCAACCCAGACGCGCCCAGACAAAAUGUCUCGAAUGCGUUACCCAAAACUGCUGCCCAUCAUACAUCAGCUGCCUCUCUCAAGACGUUGAUGUAUCAGUUUUUCGAGAAUUUUGAAAGCUUUCAACUGAGGAGUAGAGCAGUUAAACAUCUCAAACAUUAUUCGAAGAUCCAAGAGCAGAGUCAUCACCGUCUCUCAGACUUCUCUAGUGCCUCUAAUCUACAAAUGAAUGAGCGAAAGGCAGCUCAAGACGAUAUUGAGAAAGCCGAUAAACAAAUAACAGACUUUUGUAACAAAAUAUCGCCAGCUCUUCGAUCGAUUUUGCAAGGUAUCUCAGAGGGCGGAGGUAUAGGCGCCACUCCGUCCUCAACUCCAGACAGGCCGAUGGUAUCAGAAGCCAAAUUAAACACUGUCCAAGACACAAUCAAAAAAGAUUUGGAGACAGCGGUCAAGAAAGAUAUCGCAGAGUCACAGCAAUCAAUGAAAGAUUUCUUUCAGUCACAAACGUCCGCACUGAAAGAGGCGCUAUCCCAAGAAUAUGAGCAGCAAUUCAAAUCCUUGAAAGAGACUCUGAUGCAAGAAUGCGAGGAGAGACAAACUUCUCACAAAAAGACGCUGACUCAAGAAGAGGAAGAGAGAGUGAAAUCUCUCAAAAAGUCGCUGGCACAAGAAGAGGAAGAGAGAGUAAAGUCUCUCAAAAACUCGCUGGCACAAGAUUAUGAGAAGCGAAUCGCAGACAUAAGGCUUUCUGUUGCUCAAGAAAACAGAGACCAGAUUGCAGAUCUAAAAAAAGGCUUGGCCAACGAAAGCGAGAAGAAUACUGCUCUUGAAAAGAAGAUGGUAGAUUUAAAAACUGAACUUGACAAAGCAACCUCAGGACAGAGGCAGAAGUUGGAAUCGCUAGUAGAGCAAACGCAUCUUGACCAGCAACUACAACGCCUGUCGAGCUCUCAGGAAGACAAACUUGGCGAGAUAAGAACCUAUGUGGACCAGAAAACGGAAAACACUUUUUAUGUGCAGCGAUUAAAGCGAGUUGAUCUGCUUACGGACUCUCACAAAGAGAAACUCGGCCAACUUGAGGAUCGCUUGAAUCAAGCGGAAGACGAUGCACGAAGAAUUGAGAACCUAGAAGUGCAGAUAUGCAAUCUUUCAAGGCUCAUCAACAAAAAGGCGCACCAGCUCUCUGAUUCUCAAGAGGAGAAAGUCGGCGAGCUUGAGGCAAGCUUGAACCGGCUUAAAGAUGACAACGUUGCCACCCACCAGCUUCUCACAUCUCAAAACGACAAACUUAGCAAGCUUGAUGACCCGAAAGCCACUACAGCAAGCAUUGAAGAUUUGAAAAAGCUUGAAGCUCGCAUGGACUCACUGGCAAGCGAUACUCCGAAAAUCAAUGACUUCAUAAAGGAAUGGCGCGUCCACUUAGAGCUGAUUGAGAAAGGGGCACAACUAUUCAAUACACGUCUGGUUUCGCUCGAAUCUGUGGCAUCUACUCUUUCAGCGAAAGAGUUGGAUGAUAUUCGUACGGAGAUGGCAAAAAUGGACCAGCGCAUACGGAACUUCAAUCCGAAGCAUGAGUCUCUUCCCCUAUCAGCCGAUUCGAUUCGACACGCCAUCUGGCUUGAAGUAGAAAAGGAGAUGGAGAACAAAGCCAACGCAACAAAAGCCGCGCUUGCGCAUGUUCAAUCCGGACUCCAUAAGUUUCUCAAGACUGAGCGAGAAGAGAGAGAGGCUCUAGAAGCGCAAUGUGCCGAAGUUACCCGCCAGUUAUUGGAGGCCCAACAAGAGGCCGCUGCAACGAAGAGUGAACUUUGGGAACUAAAGAAGAGGAUGAAUGAUCCCACACUGAAACAAGACAAAUUACUCGACUGCUUUGAAGAAAAAUUGAACAGUCGAAUUGGAGCCGUCGUAUUUGAGUUCCGUAACGCACUUGACGGAAUCUGUUUGCACAUCCAAGGCCUGGGGGCAUGGCAGAACAACUUCAGCACAAAAGGUCUCUAUAAAGACAUCUUGAAUUACAUUAAUGCCACGAUGCCAGAUGGCACAGUGGUGCAGUUGAGGAGGCUGAAACAGCGCAUGGAAGUCGCUGAGACGCGCAUUGCGGCUUGUGAGAAUGGCACCAGCAACAAAAGAAGAAAACUGCCGAGUGGCGGCUCAAAGAUGGUUAGUGGUGAUCAAGCAGACGCGUAAUCAUAUUCAUUUUAAGGGAGAAGCCAGCAAUGUUUGAACAGCGGCGGAGAUGAACAAACCAGCCUAUUAUCUUACGUCUUCGAGAUGUAUCUCUAAGCGGAUAGCUUUCUUUCAAGGCUCAUGAGGCUAUUAUUCCUGCCAGCUUGGAUCCAGGCACAAC